AUGGCGAGUGGUACGGCCACUACCCUUGGCACAAUCGCUGGCGUAAUCGGGUGCAUCACCGUCGCAUUGAGCCUUUUUUGUACCUGCAGGAAGACGUCAACAACCUCCCACGCUCGUGUUGUGGCUAAUCAAAUCGAUCUCACCAAGUUGGACCUACCACCAAACGCAACAGCAGCAGAUGUUGAAUCUACGUUUAGGGUUGGUUGGGACGCGCAUCUUCAAAAACAAGCAGGAGAACGAUUGGAGCUUGAGAACAACACUUCAUAUGGCGAGCCUCAUAAGUAUGAGCUUCGAAGAAUGCGAAGUAUGCCGUCCUCUUCGACUGCAGAAGACCCUGAUCUCGAGACCGGUCUUGGGAACGGAGUGCAAGUAGAGGUUGAUCAAGAGCCAAUCGACGACUUUCGAAACUCUUCAGGCUUCGGGCGCUAUUACAAGAAGGUCAUAAGCAAAGAUCAACUUUAUUCUAUGGCAAUGAAAGCACGCGCAGAAGCUAUUGAAGCUAAUCGCAAACCCGAGUUCCAACAUCCCAAACCCGAAGUCGGACUGCUGUACAUAGUUCACAUUGGUUGGACGAAGAAGUCAAAGGCACAAGUUGACGAAAUUUAG